AUGGUGGCAGCCACGGCCUGGGUCCUCCUUGGGGUGGUGUGCGGGGCUCCCACUCCCACCUUCCUCGCUCUGCUCUGCCUCGUGGCUGGAGGCUCCCCGCCCUCGCGUUCUGGCGGCCUGCGCCUCGCACCCCGCUCCGCCCAGCAUGGACCCGUGGGGGGGCCUUGGUUUCGAAGUGCCAGGAGGGCCCUGAGCCCCCGGGGAUCCCGGGGCCUGGCCACACUCGUGGGCGCAGUCGUGGGCUGUCUCAGCAUUUGCCCCUCUCGCUGCGACCAUGAACUCUGCCGCACACCCGUGGGUGACCCAGCUCCUCAAACCCUGUCCUACAGCCUCCUGCUGGAUGGCAGCAGCUCCUCCGCCUUCUAG